UUUCACGGUGACUUAUGACGUGAGCAGUUUUCGCAAGCUUCAUCACUCCGGGUUUAACGGGAUGACUCCACGAAGUAUGACGGGGCUCCUAUGGAAACCCCCUCCUGACGAAGUGGACAUAUAAGAUCCAACCUGCUGCAAAUGGAACCUGAAGAAGAACUUACCUCGUUCACUGGCGGACUGAGACUGAGACCGAAACACCGAUACCCGCCCUGACAGACAUGAACACCUUUAUUAUAGUCGUAGUCCUGCUGCAACAGUACUUGUUUGCAGAUCUGGUUCGAUCAGCUCCUCUCGGCUCGCUGUCCGACCUGCCGCCGUCCUUCAGAGAAGCAGCCGAGCGAGCGAAAACACUGGCGGAGAAAAUCUUGAACGACAUCCCGGCCGUGUACUCCACUACCGUUCAUACUGAGGGAUUGACUCUCGACCCAUCCACCCAGACAGCAAACCUGCAGAUGAUGGUGACAUCACUGGGAAUACCCGCCGCACCUGUUCUCAAACCGCUGUCCGAGCGCUUCACACUGGACACAUGCGUCAGCCGCAUGUCAGCAGGAAGCCGACUGUACCAGGGGCUGCUGGGAGUAUUGUCUCGCAGGCAGAGCGGACUGAGCGACCUGCACGCCGACCUCAGAGACCUACUGACACAUAUCAACAAGAUGAAGGAGGUGGCUCAGCUCAGCAGCGGUGAGGAGGAUCCGAACCACAGUCUGGACCUGACCCUUCAUGGCAGCUAUGACUUCCAGGUGGCGGUCCACCUGACACUUACGCAACUGCGCUCUUUCUGUCACGACUUGAUGCGCAGCCUGAGAGCCGUCACCUCCCAUAGGAUAAGAGCUUAAGGAGCACGUGAAGCCCCACGCGCUGCGUUGAGUGGAUACCGCAUUCAGGGAUAUGGGGGAAAAAUUAGGCGGACUUGGACUUGGAGUCAAAGUUGCUUCAACCAAAACAAAGUGAACUAUGCAAGGAACAGCUCAUGCAGGACCUCAUGAGUUUUUUAUUGAUCAGUGAUGGAUGCUGAAAUGCAACAAUCACCAAACGUCAGACAGCUGCAGCGUUUUACAUUUUAUGUUCUCAUAACUGACAGACUUCAUAGAUUCUUUGUCUUCCACAGAGUGAAUCAUCUUUCCACAGAGACAAUCUCUGCUGCAACACUUUCAGAUGUAUUAUUUUAUAUAUUUAGAGAUGUUUUCUGGAGUUUGGUUUUCUCCUCUUGAACUGACUGACAUGCAUCAGUGAUGUAGAACUUUCCAGAAUGCUCCUCUAUCAGCAGAAGGAUCCCGAGCUCCGCCUCACAGAUUUUGACGGAUUUGAGAUCUGCGGGUCUGAACCUGUUCGGCUGCUGAAACCUGCUGCUCUUUCUGACUGAGUCUGUUUCUGUGUGCAUUUAAAUUUAAAUUGAAGAAAAAUAGUGAACCAGUGAACAAAGUCAGACUUCUUUUUAUGUUGAGUCCACCCUGAGUUACCUGUUGAUCUAUAAACAGUUCAACAGACUCAAGCUGAGAUCAGACUAAAGGGUCAUUUCAACAAGAAUAGGAGUUAUUUUACAUUCUCAAAUUUCAGCUCUGACAUUCUUGCACUCUGUGAAAAUAGGCCACAGUUUAUUUAAUGUAUUAUAUAAUAUUUAUUGAUUAUUUAUGCUUAAUUAUUUAUUCAUGACUGUUUUCUCUGUGGGAAUGGUCUUCUUUUGUGAGUGUCUUUUCAAUUGAUCAGUGAGUUUUUUUAAUUGGGGUUAAAGGUGAAAGGAGGGAUGAGAUAUAAUUAAAACAAACAGAAAAGAGCGUGAGAGAGAAAGAGAGAGAGUCACUGUGGGAAGUGUGAAGAUUCUUAGGUUAUGUAACAGCAGUGAUGAUGUCAGAGUAGUGAUGAUUUCCCUGUUUUUUUAAACAUUAAGUUAUUUAAUAUUUCUAUUUAUUGAAGGUUCAUGCAGGUAUGAAACAGAACUUUGUUGUUGGAAGUAAACACUUUGGAUGAGGUUAUUCAUUCUUUUUAUUUAUAAAAACAAGCUUUUUUUUGUAUUGUUUAUUUUCUGUUUCAAUAUUUUUAUUGUUUGUUAAUGAGA